CAACGACUACAGUUUUGGGCCUAUAAUCCCCGAUAUCCAUGGACUGUCAACACUGGGCCUUCAUUUCCAAUGCUUGAGGUGCUUGGCCCAUAUUGUGUGUGUCCUUAAUUCCUUAUAAUAUAAGCCACGAUCUCCUGGCCUAUUUCUUUGAACAAACAUGCCACAGGGGCGAGAUAGAGCGAGGAAUCGCGGCUAGUGGAUUGUCAGAUUGCACACCAAGUGUUUGAUCAUUUGCCUAUGAGAGGACGGGUAAGGCGGUUGCGUUCCCGGUUCAGUCUAACCGGCUGUAUAUUAUGGCGACAUUGUCAUUGAGACGAGCUUGCUUCCGCUACCAACCGAGAGUGUAUAAUUUCUGCUCCAAGACUUCCUCAAUCGGCGACGGUGCGGCUGGGUGGACCAGAGAAGCACCGGCUGAGAGACGUCAUUCGAUCCCGAGUAGCAACAUUUGCCUUUCUCAUUUGUUCAGGGAUCCUACCGAUCACUUGGAUCGAUACGAAAUCGAGCUCGUGGACGAUGAUGCCUGGCAGGUAUCGUUGGGGAUAGCCCAUGCGUUUCGAGGAUUAGGUACGAAACCGGAACCACGUACUGUAAGUGUAGCAACUGAUGACCAGGUUAAUGAACAGGAUGACCCUGAUUUUGAUGAGAUUGAUAAUAUGAGAAUCCGGGGAAAUCUGUUCUACAAGCUUGACCGGCAUUCCAAAGAGUAUCAGGAGUACAGCUUUGAAUUCCACCGAAGGAGGAAGAAAGGUGAUGACGCUAGAGAGAGCGGAAAGAAGGAAUCUUCAGCGAAGAAUGAGCAGCCCAAGGAAGGCAAAAAGAACGAAGAUUCAUCGCCUGUGGAAGCGAAAAGAGCAACAUUGAUUGCUAGGAACGGCAAGGCUUAUACUUUGAUGAAUGAUGUUUCUGGCAGUGUGGCGGAGGAGAAGAGGAAGAAGGUUAGGACUCUGACGUUCAAUCAGCUCACAGCUCCUUACCACGAGCCGUUCUGCCUGGACAUUCACAUAUCAAACGCAUCGGCUCGGGCAUCCGUCAUUCACCGAGGUACUAGUAAAGUGGUGGCUGUGGCACAUUCGAUAUCGAAAGACAUCAAAUUCGACAUGGGUUCCACCAGAAAUGAAGCCACUUGCCGUGCUGUUGGGCAGAUUCUGGCUCAGAGAGCACUGGAGGAAGACAUCCACAACGUGGUCUACACUCCCAGAAGAGGGGAGAGAUUGGAAGGGAAGCUUCAGAUUGUGCUUCAAUCCAUUAUAGACAGUGGUCUUUCUGUGAAAGUAAAACUCAAGCAAAGGAAACACAAGAAGAAGCUUAGCCUCCCAUAAUGAUUCCACCUCUCAUAACAUCCGCACAUUGUGUAAAACCAGGUUACAACUUUCUUCCUUAUGUUUGCCAAUGAAGAAUGUGUGAUCAA